AUGUACUCUGCGCGAAGCAGAUCCCGAGGAAGGCGUGUGCGCUCAGGAGGUCGGGACGACCAUCAUCGAGGCCAUCGGUCUCGAAGUCGGCACGGCGAAGGCGGCGGCCGUCGGCGUCGAAAGGACAAAGAUGGCCGGGAUGAUGACCGACUGGACGAGUUCGGCGCUGCGGCAGCUUGGGGUCCCUAUGCUGGGUAUGGCGCAUAUGCUGCGGCCGCGGCCAGCUAUUGGGACUAUGCGCAGCAUGCCCAGCAAGCUGCCGCAGAGGAAGACAAGAAGAAAAAGAAGAAGAAGAAAAAGAAGCGAGCAGGGCAAAGCUCUUCUUCAUCGUCGUCUUCUUCCUCCGAGCACGAUGCGGCCACUCAGUGGGCCGAGAUGUGGCGGUCCUGGCAGAGUGGAACGCCCAGCGGCGCACCACCUGCACAAGGCCAUCCCAUGGCCUGGAACCAGUGGGGAGGCGUGCCUCCGCCAGCCCCUGGUUGGCCAGGAGCUCCUCCGGAAGGUGGCAGCAUGGCGUCGUUCGAAGGCGAUACAGGUUGGGCAGUGGCCGAGCGGGAGGAUGAUGAGAGGUCAGGUCCGCCGGAGGAUGUGCCGAUUUUCUUGGAGCCUUCGGUAGAGGAUGAGGUCCCGGUACCGAAAGCUCUUCUUGGGAAGGUCAUCGGGAAGCAAGCGGCCACCAUCAUCGAAAUCCGCGAGAAGAGUGGAGCUUUCAAAGUAGACGCCAGAGAUCAGACCUCGGAUCCUUGCAUGGUCAAAGUAGCAGGCACUGCGGAGGCAGUCAAGAAGGCCAAGGAGCUUAUCCUAGAGCUCAUUGAUCAAACCAAGCAGAAGCAUCUGAGCUCACACUACGUGGAGAUUCCACGCUCAAAGAUAGGUAUGGUCAUAGGACUGAAAGGAGCGCAAGUGAAUGAAGUCCAAGCGCAAACUCAAACUAAAAUCGAUGUCGACUUCGAGACAGACCCGUGCAAGUGCUACAUCAAGGGUGAGGCAGACAAUGUGGACCGUGCCAAAAAAGUCUUGCUCACCAUAGCGAUGCAGCUGGAGGAUGAAGCAUCCGAGUAUAUGGACCUGCCGAAGACGGUGUCCGGUGCUCUCAUCGGAGCACAAGGAUCACGCAUCCGGCAGUUCCAAGAGACCAGUGGGGCUCGCAUCGACAUAGACAAGUCUGGAUCUCGCUGCAAGGUCCGAUUGACCGGCAGUCAGGAGGCGGUAUCCAUCGCCAAGUCGCUCAUCCAGGCUGAGUUGGAGAAGAACAUGGUUCCCACCAAGACACCUGGAAUGACGGGCGGCAGUGCUGGCUUGUCCCAUGGGCCAAUUGCAGUGCCGGCGCAUCAACCCAGCAGUUUCCCAGCCACGCUGUCAGAAUCCAUUGCCAGAGCAAGAGCUGCGGCCGAAGCUGUGAAGCACGGGCUGAUUCCCACUGCACCACCCGAAGGGUCCCCUGUCAAUCCGCCGCCGCCCGCGCCUCCGGUGGUUGUGCCGCCGCCCCCGAGGCCUCCAGGUGCGCCGAAAGGCGGGCACUGGGGAGGAGGCGGAGGAAGCCAGUGGGGUUGUGGUUGGUGA